AUGGAAAUAAAGAUAAUCUUCGAUUUGGUAGAUGACAAAGUAGUCGCUGUGUAUUUGUACUCCGAUGAGGAUGUUGGGACGAUGAAGCAGUUGAGGAUAAAGGUGGUGGCGGUCGGAAAAGAGGUGGUGGUGUUGCAUCCAUGGCCAACAGCUGUGAAAUUGAAAGUUAUAAGCUGUGAAAUUGAAAGUUAUGAUGGCAAUGUUGGUUUGGAACAAUAUAUGAAAAAUUUUCUUGUGUAUAAGCUGAUGUUGGUUUGGACCGAAAGUGAGGACAAAACUUUUCUUGAUGCAUGUAUCCAUGAACUAACCACUAAUGGUCUUGAGGGUUCUGGGCUUAAGGCUACUUCAUGGAAGAUAGUACGCAAAAAAUUAAUAAACGAACACGGUAAAGAGGUUGAUCAGAAGCAAAUGAGAAACCACUUUGACUACUACAAAUCAAAAUAUGUUGCUUGGGCGAAACUGAAAAACAAAACCGGCAAUAUAUAUGAUCAUAUAAAAAAUAAAUUUAAUCUAACCGAUGAACAAUGGAAGGAAGAGGGGAAUUUGAACAAGUAUGUGUUGUCAUUGAAAACUAGACCCUUGUUGUUUCCUGAUCUUUGCACACAACUAUUUGAAGGAUCGACCUCAACCGGAUUUCAAAGUUGGGGGCCAUCUUCUACAGUCCCUCGUCCUGUAGAAGAAUUUAGUGCCCAUGAUUUUGAUGAUGAUGUUCCAAUGGAAACCUCAACACAACACAAGUUGGUGGAAACAAAAGAGUUGGUGGGAAAAAGAGAUGCAAGGGCAUUAGAAGUUGAAGAGGAGAUUGUCAAGCUUGCAAGGUCGUUAGUGGAAAAAAAUGAAAGAAUUGAAAAAAGUGAAAUGGAUAAGGAUGUUGAUGCGUGUAUGGAGAAAAUGAACAAAAUGGAAUGGGGAGAAGAAGAUGAAAGAUACAAGACCGCUCUUUGCUAUUUGGUGAAAGUGCUGAUGUUCGAAAAGUUUGGUUACGACUUUCGCAUACUAGUUGUGAGUCGUGGGUGA